AUGGCAAGUAUGGCUUCGAUCGGAGCACUAAGAGUACCGUCCUCUUCAUCAUCCUCCUCCACACCGUCUAGUUCGUCGAAUCUCACUCGUAGGAUCAUUCCUUCGCAACGACUCGCGUUCUCGUCUUCUCAUCUUGCAGGUGAGAAGCUCUGCUCCCAAGCGGUUGUCGGUGAUCGGCGGAGCGCAGCGAAUGACAGACGUCCGAUUGUUGUGUCUCCCAAAGCCGUGUCGGAUUCAAGAAACUCUCAGACCUGUCUUGAUCCUGAAGCCAGUCGAAGUGUUUUGGGAAUUAUACUUGGAGGUGGAGCAGGAACGAGGCUGUACCCGCUCACUAAGAAGAGGGCGAAACCUGCUGUUCCGUUGGGAGCAAAUUACAGACUGAUUGAUAUUCCUGUGAGCAAUUGUUUGAAUAGUAACAUUUCCAAGAUCUAUGUGCUCACGCAGUUCAAUUCAGCGUCCCUCAAUCGUCACCUCUCACGGGCGUAUGCUAGCAACAUGGGUGGUUACAAGAAUGAAGGUUUUGUUGAAGUUCUUGCUGCUCAGCAGAGCCCCGAGAAUCCCAACUGGUUCCAGGGCACAGCAGAUGCAGUGAGGCAGUAUUUGUGGCUGUUCGAGGAGCACAAUGUUCUGGAAUUUCUCAUUCUUGCUGGGGAUCAUUUGUACCGAAUGGAUUAUGAGAGAUUUAUUCAAGCACACAGAGAAACCGAUGCAGAUAUCACAGUUGCUGCCCUGCCGAUGGAUGAACAACGGGCUACUGCAUUUGGUCUGAUGAAGAUUGAUGAAGAAGGACGCAUAAUUGAAUUUGCCGAGAAGCCAAAAGGAGAGCAACUUAGAGCUAUGAAGGUUGAUACUACUAUAUUAGGUCUUGACGAUGAAAGAGCCAAAGAGAUGCCUUUCAUUGCUAGCAUGGGCAUAUAUGUCAUCAGUAAAGACGUGAUGUUAAAUCUGCUUCGGGAUAAGUUUCCAGGAGCUAAUGAUUUCGGAAGUGAAGUUAUCCCUGGUGCAACUUCCAUUGGGAUGAGAGUGCAAGCUUACUUGUAUGAUGGCUAUUGGGAAGACAUUGGUACCAUUGAGGCUUUCUAUAAUGCGAAUUUGGGGAUCACCAAAAAGCCAAUACCAGAUUUCAGCUUUUAUGAUCGUUCAGCUCCAAUCUACACCCAACCUCGAUAUUUGCCUCCAUCUAAGAUGCUUGAUGCUGAUGUCACAGAUAGUGUCAUUGGUGAAGGUUGUGUGAUUAAGAAUUGCAAAAUUCACCAUUCUGUGGUUGGGCUUCGAUCUUGCAUAUCAGAAGGUGCAAUCAUAGAAGACACAUUGCUCAUGGGAGCUGAUUAUUAUGAGACGGAUGCAGACAGGAGGUUUCUGGCUGCAAAGGGUAGUGUACCAAUUGGUAUUGGCAAGGAUUCCCACAUCAAGAGGGCAAUAAUUGACAAAAAUGCUCGAAUUGGGAACAACGUGAAGAUCAUAAACGGCGACAGUGUGCAAGAAGCAGCAAGAGAAACUGAUGGGUACUUCAUUAAAAGCGGGAUAGUCACCAUAAUCAAGGAUGCCUUGAUUCCCAGUGGAACCAUAAUCUAGAGUUUUCAUGUUUUCAGUUUCACCUGCCUUUCAACUUGUUACUCUUUGAGUAUGUCGUAAUUGCAAUUAUGCUCCUGCUUAGGUUACCUUUUUGAUAUUGGUGUAUGUAUAUCUCCGGGCAUUAUAAUGUAAUUAAAAGAGAGAGGAAGAGAGGACCUGGAAAGUUAUGCUGUAAAGGUCUAGUUAUGCAGAAAUAAAAGCUUUUGAUCUCUGCUAGCAUGUUUUUCACUUUU